AAUCAUAGUGGCACUUGCUCGUCGUAAACAAAAGUGGGUGGAUUUUUGUUCUGAGGAUUUUCUCAAUUUUCACAAAGAAAAUGACCUCGUUGAGCAAUACUGUAGAGAUUGAAUCUAAGCUGGAUAAGGAGACAGCAAACUUGGCAUUACUCAAGUCGCGUGUGGAAAAUUAUCAGGACCUCACAAAAUCUAUGUCAACUAUCUUGAAUUCGUUCGAACAGCGCCUUGGUAGAUUAGAACAGACCAUCCUGCCAGUUUACCAUGAAACUGAACAUUUGCAGAAGCGUCAGCAAAACCUAGACGCCACACUUCAGUGCCUGGAGAGUGUUUUGAUGCACUAUGAUGCCUCACAGGAGGUUUGCAAUUUAAUCCACUUGGGGCCAUCUGAGGGCGAUGUAGGUGUUUUCUUGGACGCCCUCGAUCGCCUGAAGGCAGCCAAAGAUUACUUCCUGAACAACAACUCUCAGAGUGUUGAAUUGGACAAUGUCACGAGCCUCUUCAACACUGGCUGUGAGUCACUCAAUAAUCAUUUCAAAGCUCUCCUGAGGAAGCACUGCAGCCCAAUGCGUCCGGUAGACCUCCUCGAUCUCAUCUACAUUGAAGAAGACUCCUCCAAUGAGGAUUGUCCGAGUAUCAAGCAGCUGCCUCCGAGUGCCAGGGAGGAGCUGAGAAUUGUGGCAACUUGGCUAGAGAAUCAUUUGAGACGAGAGUAUGUGGUUAUUUAUGCAGAUGAACGAUCUGAUGUGGUGUUCAGAUCCCUUGCAAUGCUUAAAGAUCAUCAGAAGAGUGGAAGUUGGGGAAGUGAGCCCCUCAAGACUCGUUACCACGGAAAGCCUGAGCCCAGGAAAUCUACUUCAGCGCGUCUUCAGCAGAUAUUCGAGAGGAAGGCCAAUAAGAUGCUGCUGAAGGCUUCCCAGACCAUUGAGCAGAGUCGCUUUGCAAUUCGCAAGAAUUCGACCUACGGGGAUAAUCUGUCCACUGAUGAUCACGUUGGUGAUGGAGAUCAGGAUUUGGAGAAGUAUUUGGUGCUCUUGCUGGGGCUGCAGCGUCUUCUGAUCUGGGAACGUCAGAUUUUGUCUGAUGUCAUUCCCAGUUCUCGCCUUGGGGAAGUUUUUUCUCGUCUGGCAGCUUCGUCAAUUGAGAUGGUGGUUAAGGAUGCUGAGAGUAUUACAUCAAAGGUGCUAAGGAGUAUCGCUCGAAAGGAUUGGACAGCGGCCUUGGGUGUUUUUUCAGCCCUGAAGCAUGUAAUCCUCAUGCAGCCGGACAUUGAGAAGCUCUGUGACAAUAGUCAACGUCAUCAAUUGGCCAUGGUGCUGCAGAAGCUUCAGAAUACGGGUGCUAGGGCUCUUGAGCAGUUCUUGGAUCUGGUUCGAGGUGAUAGUGGAUCAAAUCUUGUAGCUAUGGGAUCCAGUACGAUUUCAGGAUCGGGAAAUGUGCCGAAAGAUGCGACUGUUCAUGAGUUGACGAGCAAUGCUAUUUGGUUUGUUGAGCAUCUCCUUGAACAUGCUGAUGUCAUUGGAGGGAUUCUUCAGAUGGAUUCUUUCUAUGCCAGUCAACUGGAUUCUAUUGCAUUGCACAAGACCCUGUCUCCGGAGGAUCGUCGGAAGGCUCUUCUUGGGAUCUAUAUCAAACGCAUUUUGUCUGAAUUGAACUUGACAAUUGUGUCAAAGUGUGAGCAGUACAAUGAUUUAGCUACUCGACAUCUCUUUCGACUCAAUAACAUCCACUACAUCCUCAAAUCACUCCAGAGAUCUGGUCUUCUUGAGCUACUGUCCGUGACUGAGCCGGAAUGCGAGAAGAACUAUCAGGAUUUGAUUCAGGAACUGAAAAAUUCCUACCAACGUUCGUGGUUGAGAAUUCUGGCACAUGUGUCACCCCUGGAGGAUUUGCCCAGGCCAGUGGCGGGGAAAGUGCGUGACAAGGAGAGGACAGUAAUCAAAGAGCGCUUUGCCAAUUUCAAUAAGGAUUUGGAGGAAGCAUGGAAAACACAAAGAGGAAUAUCUGUACCGGAUGUAAUACUGAGAGAAGGUCUGAAGAGGGAUAAUUCCGAGACGCUCAUUCCGCAGUACAAUGCCUUCUUCGAGAUUUAUGCUGAGGUAUCGUUCAGCAAGAAUCCGGAGAAGUACGUAAAGUACAAGCCGCAGGACGUCACGAGGAUGCUCAAUAGCCUCUUUGACGAUACGGUCUAGCUUCAGUAAGUUUAUCUAAUUUCCCAUUAUUUGUUUCUUUUAAAUUCAAUAAAAACAACAAGGAAUUUAUUUAUUUAAUAAAAUAAAAUAAAA